CCGGAACAGUCGAACAGUUGAUAUUCCCGUUGAAGAGUCGAACAAUUGAGCAUAAUAACAGCGAGUUAUUCUUCUGAGUAUUAUAGCUACCAUCACCUGAUAGGUACUACCAUCACCUGAUAGAGAGGGUUCAGUACAUAUGGCCACACUCACGCCCCUCACGCUCACUCGCUCCUCCGAGGCCACCCCCUGGGGCUUCCGGCUGUCUGGAGGCGCGGACUACAAGAGUCCCCUCAUCGUGCAGAGGGUAACCGCAGGCUCGAUAGCAGCGCAGCACCUGAGCGUCGGCGACGCUAUCAUCCUGCUGGAGGGCGAGGACGCUAAGACGCUGUGUCACUUCGACGCCUGUGACCUCGUCAAGCAUUCCUGCAAGAAGCUGUCAAUGACGGUCCGCAAGGCCUCCUCCAUACAGUACCUUCAUGAAGAGAACAGAAUUCACCAAGAGAAAUUAGAACAAAUUGUUGUAGCGGAGCAGAAACAGCAAGAACUGGAGCGCAAAUACAAGAGAGCGAUGUCUACACCCCCUCUCGAUACGACCACGUCCAACAGAUCAACUCCGCAGCUCAUGUUAUCGUCGCCUGCGUGUUCUAUAGCUUCACAUCGAAACAUCCAGUCCCCUCCAACAGGACCUAUUUCUGAUCGAAACGUCCAGUCCCCUCCAACAGGACCGAUUUCUGAUCGAAACGUCCAGUCCCCUCCAACAGGACCGAUUUCUAAUCGAAACGUCCAGUCCCCUCCAACAGGACCGAUUUCUAAUCGAAACAUCCAGUCCCCUCCAACAGGACCGAUUUCUAAUCGAAACGUCCAGUCCCCUCCAACGGGACUUAUUUCACCUCCAUGGGCUACCUACGAUACUGCUGGAAUCACGUCCCCUCCAAACGCAGCCUAUCAUGUUAGCGUUUCAUCACCUAGCCUUAAAUGUCAGGCAGGAAACACUUCUUCUCGGACGAUUGCGCAUGAUGAAGAGUGCUCCCUAAUUUUGUCUCCUGUUAUGAAAAACGUCACGUCUCCUUCAAACAGAUCUACUCCAAUCAACGUCUCAUCUCCAAUUGUGCCAUUAGGGAUUGGCUCUCCGCAUAACACGAUGUCACCGACCAUUGUUCAAGUAGCCCCUAAUCAUGAACCAUCUACUCCAAUAACGUCCCCACCUCCCCAGUGUCCAAAGUUCCCCACAAACAAUCCUAAGGUGAGCAGCGACAGAUUUUUCGCACGCUCACUUCCUCCAGCUGUUGAAAAUUCUAGUCCUUCGUUUUGUUCUGCUCAAGGCCAAGUCCUUUCGUCGAGCCAGACAAGCACGGCGUUGGUCCCAACAACAGCUCUUUCCCCUCCUUUUCCUAGCAGAGAUGAAAGAGAUACCGAUCAAGAAAUCCUAUUUGUUGAACAAAAGAGCGAUGCGCAACGGAGACAGCUUCAACUAAUGAUUCAGGAGAAAUUGAGGUUGGAAGAAAAGAUGAUGAUCGCGAAACGCAGAGAGGGGAUUAAAGCCGAAAGGAUGUUGAACAGCUCCCCCGCAGCCACUGCAGGACACGUACCUAUGCGGAGAGACGCAACGUCGAAAAUCAAAUCAUCAAAAGCAACUAUUUCAAAUCCAAACUUGGAAAUUGCACCUGCAACCCUCAAAAAAGAAGCGUCAUCGACUUUGUUAACUGCAGUAAAAUUGGUACAGCAGGAACUGCAACGCACAAAAAAUGCUGUAUCAGACCAAUUGGCGACAAAAGACACUGGAAACAUGUCAAUUAAGACAGAAAUCCCACAAAAUCAAGUUCCAGCAAGCCAAACUGCAAUACCGAUAGCAAAGGCUGCUAGUCAUCAAGAAGAAGCAAACAAAAUCCUCGAGAGGCUUAAAAAGACUGCACGCGAGAAGAUAGCUGAAUUCCAGAAAAAUUUUGCAUUGACUCGUUGUGUAGACGAAAAAGAACAACUGCGUGAAGCAAAUCGAAUACGAGACGAGCUGAUCCGAAAAAUGCAGGAACACAACUUUGAUCAGAAGCAAAAUAAAACAGCCCCGAAGAGUGCUUGCGAAGUCAAUUUCGAUGAAAAUAUAAAAGGCUCGCAAUUACGAAAAGUAAAGACUGAGAUCAAGCCUGGGCAAGUCAUUGCAACAGGGGUCUUACCGGAAUCCGCGAAAGAAAUUACUGAUUCACUCGAUGGAAAAACUAGCACCAUGAAAUCGACCACGUCCAGAGUAGCUAAUAAUGAGAGCAUGAUAGGGAAAAUAGAACCAUGUGAAACUGACAGGGCGAAAUCAAAAGAAUCAAAACGAAAGAACGAUUUGAGGAAAAUACAAGAGCAAUUUAAGAAGGACCAGUUGCUAAUUCAGCAAGAAAUGGAAAAGAAAAAGGCAAAAUCUCAACAAGAAAAACAAAAGGUAGAAAAAGCACAGGACAAACAAGACACCGACGAGGAAAACUUAAGAAAACUCGAAGAAAAAAAAGUUCUGGCAAAGUUGAUAUACGAAGAAGAACAGAAACUGUUAGCUCAAAAGAAAGAAGUCGAAGAAAGAAUUAAGUACGAACGGACAAUAAAGGAAGAAACAUCUCGACAGGCUGAUGUUCAAAUGAAAAUUGCUCGCGAGAAAGAAAAUUAUCUAAAAGCUAUCAGUUCAAAGGAUGGACCCAGCUACGAAAAGAAGGAUGAAACUAGAUUAAACAGGGAUAACGAUCAACCUAAAAAGAACAUAAAGUCUAUUACUGAAUCCUACGAACGGCUCAAAUUGAGAAAAUUCGAAAAGAAGAGAAUCGAAAUGCAGCGUUCACUUCAAGAGCAGCACGUUAGAUCAGCACGUCAGGUGAAUGAAACAAUCAGGAGACAAAGUUGCAGUAACCUCGAAGAAGCUCAUAUCUAUGAAGAUGUGCCUCUUACCCAACCGCCUGAAGAAAAACUCGACACAUUGAAACAAGAAGAAGAGAGGCAGAUGAGGAAAGAGGCAGAACAGUAUGAAGAAUACCGACGACACCUCGAAACAAAACGCAGAGCUCAGGUAGAAGAUUCUGAUGAUUAUGCGUCCGAGUGGGACGAGAGCAGCGAGGCCUCUAAUCAAGUCUUCGACAACAAUGCGCACGAUCCUGAAGAACCGUUCGACGAACUCAAAGCAACAAGUGAAGAAGAGCUGCUAGAAGCCCAAGAGAAAUCCAUACGUAAUCUUGAACGGCAAAUCAGGAAGCAGAAAGAGAAGGACCGCAGAAGGAACUCCGAUUCACGUCUGUCUGAAAAUCAAGAAAAUCCUGUGGUUAGGUCGCGGCCUCAAAAUCGAGACAAGUUGAGCCAAAUCCCCCAACGGUCUCAGAGUGAACGUCGAGCAAGCUCAAGCACAGGUGACUUAAGAAGAAGUAAUUCUAGAACUCUGCCGGUAACAAAGUUUAGCCCCGAUCCAAUGGAAUUCGGCUUUAAGCCUAUCGAGAAUCCAGUUCUGUCGAAGUCCAUGAGCAACCUUGAGAACGGGGGAUCAGCAGAGUCAGGUGCCGCUGUUGCAGGAGCGCAGGCUGGAGCGAAGGCAACGAUGCUUGUGGCACGACCGGUGGCAGAAUCUGGACUACGAUACAAUGACGGGCUGUCGAGGACGCACUCCAUGUCGGCCAGUUUGGGGGACUUGCAGCAGGUGUCCAGUAAACCGCCGCUACCGGCUGGGGCAGGCAGGGCGAGAAUGAGGCACGCCACCAGCGACGAGUGGCUGAACAGAUCCCCGUGGGCGCGAAACUACGAAGAUGGUAGGCGGUUCACGUACGCGCCGGGAGAGGACCUGAACUUGGUGCAUCUGGAGCCUCUGCACCUCCUGCAGGAGGGCUACGGCAGGGACUCUUGGGGCUGCGAUGAAGAUGGCGCAAUGGACCUGCAGACGAUGGAGGGCUACAACAAGCUUCUCUCUGAGUACUACGCUGCCUACUACGAGGCCUAUUACCUCAGCUACUAUCGGAAACAACAGGAAGAUCUGAAGUCCGGCAAAGGCUGCACAAUGAACGGUCCUGCUGGUCCUCCACCCCCACCCCCGCCGCCUCCAUUUGUGGUGGCCGGGGCGACGCCCCCCGCCUUGCUGCAGCCAGCGCCGGCGCAGGGCCGUCCUAGCGCCCGCGGGGCGGCCCUGAUGAUGCCCCUGGCGGCGCCUCCUGCAGCUCUGGCGGGCGCCAUGAUGAAGGACAAGAAGCCCUUCACGUACACCCCCGGCGGUCUGGACCUGUCCGAGAUCAGAUCGCCAAGAAUGCAGAGGCGCCUGAGCAGGAAUGCUGCCCUAGAAGGAGUGAGGCCGUCGCCUUUGGCCCAGACUCAGCCACAGUCCCCAGUCCCAGGGAUCACAUCACCAGCCGCUACGUCGGGAAUAGCAGUUCAAGUCUUACCGAUGCCAGGAAUGUCGAUGACAAAGGCAAUACCAACUCCACCGGCCUCAGCUAAGCUUAUAGAACCACCCCCACUGACGAAAAAUGUUUGUGGACCACCACCACCUCCUCCACCCUUUGCUAUUGGUUUAGAUAUUGCUCCGAGCAGCAGCAUAAAAUCAAGUGUCUCUCCACAGGCAUCAGUUAUGCCUGUAUCUCCAGUGUCUCCUGCUAAGCAGGCAUCUAUGCAAGGCGAUCUUAAUCUAAACACGCCGAGUUCUCCCGCAUUUUCACUACAUUCGUCUGAUCCGCGAUCGCCUUCGCCGUCGUUGGUGUCCACCAACACGAGUGAAUCUGGAGGGUCGGACGGGAUCCCUGCACCACCCCCCAUGCCACCUCAAUGUUCCACAGCGAGACGUGCGUCUCUCUUGAGGAAUGAAGAUCAAGCUAACGCUGUAACAUUAGACAAUUCCAAACUUUAUUUAAACGCUGCCAAUAAUAACAAUAUUUCUCCAACGUUCUCCGCCGGAACUGAGAGUGACCUGAAUGCUGAUUCUUCUAGUCUGGCAAUGGAAGAUGUCAGAGAAGGUUCCGUGACGCCUUCAUUAACAUCGAAUAUUGAAAAAGCUUCAGAAAAAGAGUACAGCAGCAAUGAAUCUCUAUUGAAACAAAUUUCUGCGUUGGAGCAGAUUACUGCAAGACAUCAGAGCAUAUUUGAAGACUCGAAGAAUGAAGCUUCAAAUAUUUCUUCAAAUGAUGCCGAUGUUUAUGUCCAGCCAAUUUUGAGAUUAAGUACCAAAUCCAGGACGAAUGAGAAUGAUGGAGGACAUAAGGAGGUUCAAGAACUAAAAUCAACUUCAAGGCAAAAACAUGAAGCUGAAGACCGACGUGAAAACGAGACUGUAGGAAAACAAGAACAAAAAAUUAAAGAAAUCCAAAGUCGAGUAUCUGAAGAAAAGCAGAAACAGCAGGCUGGCGAUCAACAAAAAUUGGAAUUAGAAGAAAAGCAAAGGCGGGAAAUUGUGGAGAGAAGCAGAAUAGAGAGGGAAAACAGCAAGGAGGUGGAAGAGAAAAAACGAAGAGAAGCUUAUGAAGAAGACCAGGAAAAACAGCGAUUACGAGAAGAGGAGGAUAGGACUAAAGCAGAAAAUGAGCUUCGGCAAAAGCUUGAAAUGGAGCAAAAGAUGAAGCGAGAAGAGGAGCAACGACAGCAUGAGGCACAUGAACGUCAACGUAGAGAAGAAACAAAAAGACUGCAAGAGCUCGAAUCGCAACGGAUCGAAGAAGAACGGCUGAAAGCACAAAAGUUGGAAAUUCAGAAGCAAAGAGAUUUGGAGUUGAAGAAACAAGAGACAGAAUGGCAGAAGCUUCAUGAUUUGGAAGCUCAGCAGCAAAGGGAAUUGGAAAAUCAUAAAUUUGAGGAUGGCUCUGGCUAUCCACGCGGCUGCUCACAAGUGGGCUACCAACAGCCGGGCUACAGCUCCCUGUCGCCCACCUUGAAAGCUGGUAACAACCGCUUCGUGCGCAUGGGAUCAGUUCCAGCGCAGCGGCGUCUAAGUAUUCCGACGAAUACCUCCGACAAUCAACCCUGUUCCACCACUGAAGAUCAGAACAGAGUUCAAGAAAAAGUGGCAGCGCAAAAGAAAAGUCCAAACAUCAGUCCCACGACAGGAUUGAUAAAAGCCCCCUUACCUUGGAUGUCGGCUGUGCCUCGAAGAGAAGCGUCCGCUCCUCCCGAGUUUGUAAAUUACGCUCAAGUCGCCCAAGCGAGGCUUCAGCAACAACGUUCUCAACGGCAGCAGUCCAAGGAAGAAUCGAGAGUUCAGUCUGCCCCAUCUCCCACAUUUAAGAAAGCAGUCAUUUCUAGUCCUCCGGUUGUAUUUCAGCAUGGAGUCGCCAAUUUUCAGCUUGAAGACGCAGGCAGUAACACUCUACCUAGGCAAAAUAAACAGCCGAUUGACAAGUCAUUGUCCGGUCCCGUUCUGAGGCCGUGGGCAAUCCGACAUCGGGAAUAUCAGCAACAAAAAACUUCUCAAGACAAUUCUAUUACAAACGAUUCUCACGCAACACCACGACAACAUGUUAGCCCAUCUUCAAAUUUUAAUGCUUAUGGUCAGUCGCAGCAUUCGCGAUCAACCAGCGUUGGUUCUCCAAGAUGGCCGGAGGUUCAGGCUCCCAUUUAUCUACGUCAGCCUUCAGCUGAAGCAGCGACGCCUCAAAGUACUUCAUUAUCUGGUCCGCGAGUUCGAAUAGUUCCCAUCGUGAUGGAACAGGACAGUUCGUCCGAUGCAGAACUUGCUUACGCAAGCGAUAAUCCUUUAGUUGCAACUUGUGGUCUAGGUGCAGGGGCCCUUAGACAAAAUCAAUCACCCACGGUACAACUUUCUGCAUCCACAUCAUCAAGGACAUCGGCUGCUUUUGGAUCAUUGUCGACACCCUCAACAACACCAAAAUGGCCAUCGGGGCAACCGCCUUUUAAAAUAGUCCGUCCAGAUCAACAACAAAUCGAAGCUGUUCGAAAGAACCCGGGCUCUGCGGGACCUAUGUACUGCAGUAACCCUGCAAGCGUGAACUCCGAGGGAGACGCGGUGGAGGCUCUUCAGCAAAUGCAACAAAGCUUGGCGCAGCUCAAUUCAGGGUUGCAAAAUGCGUACCCGAAAUUUAUCCAGGAAAAGAUGAGCAGCUCUCUGCCAACUCGCGGCGUCAAUAGCCCUGGACCAGCGGCGGCCCCUGAGUGCGCCCCCGUGCAGUCUCGCUCCUUCCGAGUCUUGCAGCAGGUGGUCGACAACGAGGCAUCAGGAUCUGACGACGAAAUUCGUGGGCUCAUGAACCAGGGAGCGCCUCUUAGCUACCAAACGGCGCAGUCCAAAACUUUUACAGGAGGUUCAAAAGGGCGCGGCCAAAGACAAAGUAAUUUUGUUGAGUCCCCUCUGGUCCGACCCCGUCCAACUUACCCCGAUGAAUGCCUCCGAGAUCAUCAAGGGCUCGGCGUUAGCGAGAGCAGCAACGCGAUACCGUCGCGAACUUUCCGUGCUCUACAGCAGCACACUGACGGCAUAUAUAAUGACGCGGAAGUGACCCGACCCAGCACAACAUCGCCUCAUCCAACAUCCUUCUCUCCUUCCGUUUCACCUGUCACUUAUCGUCCUUCUAAUUCAUCAUCCUCUGUUGAAAUGAACUCCUCUAAUAAAACUAACGGUUUUGCUAGCUACUCACAGCCGCUGUCAGGUCAGACGUACAAAACCGUUGCACCCCAUAUCGUCGUCAGCAAUCUUUCACAACCCAAAAUUGUGAAUUCAGCUCUCUCGAAGCAAAGGGCAGCGUCCCCGUCUAGGUGGCACGUCAGCACUUCGAAUGCCAGUACCGCUGACUCACCGAGGGGACCAAGUCCCCUGGCAGAGGACCAGUCACGGCUGCGCAAGUUCCUCAGUGAAGAAGCCGCUGCUAAUGCCAACUCUAACGGAAGGCUCGACAAGGAGCCGAAGAAGCUGUACGAUGGUGCACAUAUUCCCUCACGUGUUUUCAGACAACUACAAUCUGAAUUUUCAGAUUCAUCCGAAACGCCCUCGGCUAACAAUCCUACUCCUUGCAAAGUUUCCGUCAAAAUCGACAAACCAGAGUUGUCUGCAGGCUUGCUUCGACUCCUGCAGAGCGACCAAAACAAACUGCAAAAUGACAAUAUAAGUCACAACGGCGGUGACGCCUCUUGUGUGUCGACAUUCCGCGUUGAGUUGGACGAAUACCACAACAACGGAAUGGCCAAUACGGCAGUUCGAAAAGAGUCUGUCCUCAAGGAAUUGACCACACAAUUUGAAUCAUCAGAACGUAAAAAACCCAGAGCUGCGCCAGGAAAGGUUUUCCGUUACUUGCAGCAAACUUACGACAGUCCGGAGGAUGACAAUGACUCAGAACCUAACAUGAGCGAUACCAACGGACUCAAGAAAAAUGAAGACUAUCCGCGCAAAAAUUCUUUAGAUAAUCGGUCUAAAACGUCGAGAUUUCACUCCCCUUCUUUCAAUAUUUUGCAAACGCAAUACAAAGAUGAUGAAUCAAACGCACGUGUCGAUCCGCACGAUCUUACCAGUCUGAAGAUCACGGAAGAGGGAGAUCCCAUCCACUCGAAGCCCUACGUUGGUCAGCGCAUUCCUGGCAAGACUUUCCGGAUGCUGCAAGAAAAUUACGCCAGCCACCCGUCCGUGCUGCAAGCAAGAAAAUAAAUUCUAGUGGCUAAAUCUUCUCUAAUUGUUAGCACUUGGAAAACGUGCGGAGGUUGCGUCAGCCAGGGCAUUCCAUGUUGAAUGCAGUCAGAGAUUUCUGAUGUUGUAACAAGUUAUUUUUCUUUAGUUUAAAUUAUGGUAACGAAAAUAAGUUAUGUCGAAGAAGGGUUACUGAAAUUUUGUACUCGAAUACCGAACAUUCGACAUCGAUAUGAGCUUCGGAUAUAAGAUAACUCAAAUCUGGAAUUUCAUAAAAUUUCUACAAUAUCGUCACAAUCAACUAUGGAUCUGAUUAGGUAUUUAAAAUCCAAUUAACCUAAGAUUGAAUUGAAUCAUCUCAUGAAUAAUCAGUAUUUUAUGCAUUAACAAUUGUAUAAUAAUGCUUGUACAUACAUGUAUUUGCUCGGCUUUCUUGUGCCUUCAUCUCCGCAAUUAUUUACAUAUGAUGCGAUACUGAUAUUAAAAAUGAAUAAUUUUGAAGUUUGUUAUAUUAUUUUGAGGCGAACGUCUGAUGUAUCGUUUAAAAGCGUACGUCUGACCGAGCUACAGGUAGUCGUGACUUAACUAACCGUCGCCUACUUAACUAACCGUCGCCUACUUAACUU